AUGUGCCGAAUACUAAUUUAUGGAUGCCCAAAGGUGGUUAAGCAAAUAAGAACAGCAGGUGCUGAAACGAUAAUUUCCUGCAGCGACGUAAAUCCGGGAAAUGAUUUGAAAACAGAAAAAUUCGACGCAGAAAUUGUCAUAUCUCACGCACAAAUUGCGGAUUUUCACAAAUUUGUCUUCAUCCAGGCUACAAAGGAUGAAUGGCCGGAAGUGAAUGUUAAGGAUGAAGAGCCCGAUGUGAAGGAAGAAAUAAAUGAACCCUAUGAGGAAUUUGUGGAGGCAAUUGAACCUUUUCCGGUUAAAGAUGAAUCCAAUAGUGUUAGAUCCUUCGGUAGUCAUUCUCCUGCCCAAUCUUCUGAGGAAGACAGUGCCACAGAGGAGGAAGAUGAUGCUACAAAGAAGAAGAAACGAAAGUCCGCUGAAUACGCGUUCAAAUGCACAAAAUGCGGAAAGGCACUGAAAUCCCAACGAACCUACCGGAAUCACAUGCACAUGCAUCGGCAACGGAAGUACAUCUGUGAGUUGUGCUCAAAGGGUUUCCUCAGUUUUGAUAAACUCAAACGGCACAUGGCAACGCACACGGGUGAGAAGGCUUUUCAGUGCAGUAAAUGCCCCCGAACUUUCGGUUCACGCUACCACCUCCAGGAGCACUUCCGCAUCCACACAAAUGAAAAACCCUUCAAGUGUCACAUCUGCGGGAAGGCCUUCCGCUCAAAGACCGGCCUCAAUCCCCAUCUACGCAGCCACAUGGGCAUUAAGUCGUACGUGUGUGAAAUCUGCGGGAAAGCCGUCACGACAAUGGCGUGCCUGCGUGAGCACAAGGGUAGGCAUGAGAAUGUUAAAUUUGGCUGUACAAUGUGCAAGAAAAAGUUCUCAUCGGUGGCAGCGAGGGAUCGUCACUUCAUCACCCACACCGGGGAGAAGAAGCACAAAUGCAAUAUCUGUGACAAAGCAUUCGCCCGUGGUGAUCAUGCCAAGAAGCACAUGGCGCUGCAUAUCAAGUAUGGAAGGGAUAGGAUAUAAAACAAGGGGGCAAUGGGGGAUGAAUUAAAUGUAAUAGGUCAUGAUGGAUAAGAAAUCAAUCUCAUAAAUUUAAAACAUUUAAUGAAAAAUAAAAAUUAAAAAAAAAGAAAAA